AGUGAGGAGCGUGAAGACACCACAGGGUUACAGUCUUUACCCGCCGUGUGUUUGGUUGAUCUUGGUUUUUAUUGUUUGAUGAAGUCCUUUAAAACCCUGUUCAUUUAACUUUGAUUUGUGAGGGCGUGUUUAUUUGGAGAUUUUUGUUUUUUCAUUUUGUAAAUGCAACAGUCAAGACAAUUAGUUGAUAGCGUCAUCCUGCAAAUCAGUUGACUCUUAAACCAACCACAGCAUCCUGAUCAUCAAACAGAGGGUCAAAAGUCUUGUGGUUGGUGGGAGUCAGCUUUGGCCUGCUGUGCAUCAUCCAGACCGCUCUCAAUGUUUCGCUCCGACUACAAGCAGGUGUGUGUUCUGAAAAGUCCGACAACAUCUCAACUGGCAACAUCACCAUGAUGUCAGCCGGUGACAGCGACGUCCAAGACCAACUGGCCCGAGAGAGAGACCAACUGGUUCGAGAGAAAAAACAGCUGGUUGAAGAGAGAGACCAACUGGUUCAAGAGAGAGACCAAGUGGUACAAGAGAAAAAACAGCUGGUUGAAGAGAGAGACCAACUGGUUCAAGAGAGAGACCAAGUGGUACAAGAGAAAAAACAGCUGGUUGAAGAGAAAGACCAACUGGUUCGAGAGAAAAAACAGCUGGUUGAAGAGAGAGACCAACUGGUUCGAGAGAAAGACCAACUGGUCCGAGAGAAAAAACAACUGGUUGAAGAGAGAGACCAACUGCGUCAGGUUAAAGACAAACUGACAAAGGAGAAUGAAAAGCUACAGGCCGAUAAUAGCCUCCUGACUGUAGAACGAGAACUGUUAAAUGAGAAGGUCACUGAACUACAGAAAAAGAUAGAGGAUCGUGUGUGGGAGCGAAAUACCCCAAGAUGUCCCCGGGGAUGGAGAACAUACAUGUCCACAUGUUAUCAGCAUUCCUCUGUGAGAAACACCUGGGAGUACGCCAAUCAAAACUGUGCAAGCCAAGGAUCUCAUCUGGUGAUCUUCAAUGAUGAAGCAGAGGAGAGGACUGUGCGUAGUUUUGGACAAGCUGCCAAAGUGUGGAUGGGUUUGAGUGGUUACAAAGAUCCAUGCACCAACUCAUGGACGUGGACAUGGGUGGAUGGAGGCGCACUGUCUUUUGUAAACUGGAAUUAUCAGAACAUUGAUUGGAGGUGUCAGGCUCGGGCUUGUGCGUAUGUUGACCAAGGCUCGCGGCGCUUGAGGACCUGGUUCCGUGGGAUAUGUCAAGAACAGCACUACUGGGUGUGUGAGAAGAAGCUGCACACCUGAGCUGCUGGCCUGACUAAGACUCGCACAACAAACCCAUCUGUCUCUGUCUCUGUGUCUCUGUCUCUGUCUCUGUGUCUCUAUAACUCACACAGACACCUUUUAUUCAUUUUAAUGCUCCUCAUCUGAACAUAAUGUCAUGAUCACUGUGUGCUUUUUAUUAUGUUAAAAACAUUUAAAUCUUUUAUUCUGUGAUUAUCCUUAUGGUGAUGUGAACACUUUGAACUCUUCAGUGGAAAUGGUCCUCCAGUGCCAACUUUGGUAUUGUUGCUUAUUGUGAUGUCAUUUCCUGGAGUACGUUCGAACACUUCAUGUCCCUAAAAUGUGUACAACCUGAGCCAGAAGGCUGUGUAAGUCAAUAAAACAUAAUAAUUGAUAAAAGUAUUAAAA